GAGCGCGGCGGCGAAUUUUGAACGUGGCGGCGGUAGGCCCUGGCAGCAGAGACGUUGUCUCGGGACUGCAGGACCCGGGUCGCGAGCCGACGCCAGCUGACAGCUUUGCGGGGUUCCCGACAUGUGAGGAGGACUGGGGCGACCGCCGCAGAAUAGUGGCAAGGUAAAAGAUGGCCAAGGAAAGAUGCCAGAAAAAGUCCUUUCAAGAUAGUCUUGAAAACAUAAAGAAGCGAAUGAAAGAGAAAAGGAACAGAAACUUGGCAGAGAGUGGCAGACGCAAGUCCUUCAUAACUGCACCCUGCGAAGUAAUCACUAAUGCUUCUACACUGCUGAAAAAUUACCAGGACAACAAUAGAAUGUUAGUUGUAGCUUUGCAAAAUGAAAAAUCCAAAGUGCAAGAAGCCCAAGAAGUGAUACUACAGCUGAGAAAAGAAUGCUACUACCUCACAUAUCAGCUGUAUGCAUUGAAAGAAAAGCUUACUUCCCAACAAACAAAAGAAACAGUUCAGAACCAGAAGAUAUCUCCCUCUGAAAUGGACUCCACUGGUAAUGGCAGUACCUGUGAUUUAUCUGCGAUGGAUUUACCGCAAGUUUCUCAAGAAGUUGACCUAAGACAAAGAGAGUCAUCCCAAGUAGAAGAGCAGAUAUCUACUAUUUCUCAAGAUGCACGUGGAUGUGAUUUUGAUUCAGGUGAUACUCAGUCUUCUGAUGUCUUACCCAGGACAGUGUCUCUCCGUCGCCAUUUAACAAAAUGCUUCAAUGGUUUAAGUGAAUCUAGUCCCUUGGAGGAUUUUGAAACCAGUCGUUUUCCAAGGCCAUCUGUGGAACUAGAAAGGGUUAAAUGUGUAAAUCCAACAGUAAACAUACGCAGACUUGAAAAUGUUCAAGACUAUUUUUGUCAGUGGAAUAAAGACCAAAUUAACAAAUCGCCAAGGCCAAUUCACCCAGGAAACGUUUCUAAAACAAAAGAAAUCAUUUUGGACCCUAAACCUGAGCAAACUAAAAGUAAGUCUAAUAAUGCACAAAGAAGAAAAAGAGAAGCGAAAAGAAAAGCUGACCGAAGGAGGUCAAAAUCUAAAUCAAAGAAUAAAGGAAACCAAAGUGGAAAUAAGCAAAAAAAAUAUGUUUCCAAAAAAAAUAUGGGUGACUCUGUUGAUGCCAAUGAUGCUUACAAUUUUAAUUUGGAAGAGGGCAUUCAUCUCACUCCUUUCCGACAAAAAAUGAAUAGUGAUCCUACCACGGAAGGAAACAACAGUGAGUCUCAAGUAAGCAGCUGUGAAAGUAGUGUUUCAGAAGAUGACUCUGAUGACCUCUAUCUACCCCCUUGUGAGUACACUGCAAACCUGGACAGCCAAGCGAACAGGCCAGUCACCAGGCCUCAGUGUAAAAGAGGGCUGAAAUACAUGGAUGAACCAAACAAGGACGGUUCUCAGCCAGCAACACCCACCAGUGCCCCCCCAGAGGCUCCCCAGACAUCGCAUUGUGGCCUGAAGGAUAUCACCAAUGUCCACUUAUAUCCUGUGGUCAAAAUCCAGAGACUUUCUCUUUCUCCAAAACGGAAUGUAGAAAGCCCAGUACAGUCCCUGCCUAAGCGCAGGUGUGCAACCAUGGUGAACUAUAAGGAACCAACACUAGUUUCGAAACUAAGAAGAGGGGAUCCUUUUACAGAUUUGUGUUUCUUGAAUUCUCCCAUCUACAAGCAGAAAAAGGAUCUGAGACAUUCUAAAAAAAGUAUGAAGCAAAUACAAAAAAUGUUGGAUGCUAUUUAAAUUUAUCCUCUACCCUCUUCUUUCUGGUGCCUAAGUAGAGAAUCUGUGAGAUAGAACACAAGUGGAUAGAACCGAAUAUUUGAAUAUUUUGUUAACAGGACACUUAAGUCAUGAAAACAUCUUCAGGACAAUACUUUGUAAUUGUUUAGAUUUGUUUUGCUGUUUACUUCAAAACAUAGCUGUAUUUUAUUUAAAGAGUAGCUUGGUACCAACAUCUUGAAAAUUACAUUAAUCUGCCUCUGUAUUUUUUCCUAAAGGCAUAGGCUGAUGAGUGUACUAUAGUAAAGAACUUUGUAAGAUAGAUGAGAAUCAUUUGAAAUUCUUGUGUAAUUUUUGAGUAGAAUAAAUUCUUGGUACACCCAGUUAAAGUUUUGUGGCGUAACUACUGUUGAGUUUGUUUUAUUUUUGUUUUGUCCAGGAUAUUGCUGUGUAGCCAAGGCUAGCCUCAAACUCAAAAUUGUCUGUGUCAGCCUCCUAGGUGGGGAGAUAAUCAUUGAUUAUUUAGGUUCAAUAUCUAGGUAAGUAACUGGUUAUGAAUCCUAAGUGUAUGUUGUUCAGUGAUUAACCUUGGCAAAGCCGCAAAUUACAGAUUUUUAGAAAAACUCUUUAGUCAGACAUCUUAAAAGCGUGAAUAGUAAGGGCUUCUCCCUAUUUUUGAUCAGGCAGUGAGAAUGAAUUUAGAGAGUUUAACAUGUAUACUUUUAUAUACCUUUUAAACUUUAAAUUAUAAAGGGUGAUCCACUUUCUUAAAGAACAAUAAAAAUUCGUAAAAAGUUA